AUGCCGGAAACGGUGACUGGAAAAGGGCUGAGCCAGCUUCCGAAUGAUCCGGAUGUGAUGGCAGCAGGCCUGGAGUACCGCGAUAGCAACCCACUGCACGAAGCAACCAUCGGCGGCCAUCUCGAGAUCGUGCAGCGUUUAAUUGAUCCAGUCUUCAGCUUGGACGAAAAAGGUCCUAAUGUCCAGAUCGCACGCAUCCUGCUCGAGACCGGCGCAGAUCCCACCCGGCUGGAUGUUACGGACGCGGAGGAGAUACAUGCCGUCUCCCGAGAGACUCGCGCUGGGUUUAUGACCGCUGCAUACUGGAAUGCCGUAGAGGUGCUCCAGCUGCUCAUCGACCGGCUGCUCCCGUCUAACCACAUCUCGCCCCGCGAAUGGGAACAGGCUGUCGGCCAUGCGGCUGCGGAACCGCCAUGCAAAAUCACUCAAGAUUCUUCUGCGGCUGCGGCGUACUGCCUAUGGGAUGAGCAUGAGAUGAUGCUUCGUGCUGAGGCGGUGCUCUGGGAGGCCCAGAUCCAAGUCAUUCGCCUUCUGCUCGCCCGUUGUGCCAAUCCGAACUGGAUGAGGAGAGACUCACCCUGGACGAGGCUCAUCCUGCACUCGGCCUUCUUGACCGCUUAG